UACAACGUUGUCUUCGCAGUGUCGCCUUAACCUAGGUUAUCUCUCUACUACUAUUGACGAGAGCUGCGAAUGAAGUGUCCGUCCGUUAGAAUUUUCCGCCGAGCUGGGCCCUGCUCUUCUCCCUCUACAGGGUCGUUUCUCCCUCCUUGUCCUGCUUGGAGGACUGCGCGGGGGUGGUCGUAGCUUCGUGCUAAGAAUCUCGUUGCUUGCUCCCCCCCUCUCGCUCCCUAGUCAACGCCGCCCUCCCUACGACCUCCGGACACCACCGGAGCAACGGCACGCCAUCUUCGAACUCGCGGCCUAUCGCGACGCCAUCAGGUGACCUACAUUUGGCACCGGGAGCCUUUGCUCCCUCAUGAGGUCUAAAGCCUCGUCGGACUCCCGAGCAUUAGGCGGACCUGCAUUGGGCACCGGGAGCUUAGCUCCCUCGUGAGGUCAACAAGCCUCGUGGAGUUGCCGACGAGCUAUUCGGCGCCGCGUCCGCGAGUCAAUCGGCUUGCGUCCGUGCUAUGUGAUAGGGCGCGCUCCGGGGAGAACAGGCUUCUACCUCAGCAUUCAAUUCUGCAGGCCGACUUAUUCAUGCGUACAUCCAUACACGCACGCAUAGCCCACACAUCCUACGCUUACAAAAUUUCCGUAGGUCCUAUUCGCUGGCGCGCUACACGUAACAUACCUCGUGUAGCACGCAAAUCUAAGGCUCUGUCUUCAUUGGGAUCUCAUACACGCGCCCUGACCCCUCGUGGCAAGCCGUUGAAGUACUGUAUCCCACAGCUUUGCAUUAGCAGCAUAGCGAUUUGCAAGUUAUUUGCAUGUUUUUAUUAAAAAACUAAUUACAAUGGAAGUCGGAGAGUUCGCACCACGUCCAAAAAGUUGUAACCGGGAUUAUUGUGCAGUGAAAGGUUGUGAGAGUAAUGCAGCAAAAAAUUCAAGUCUUAGUUUUCAUCGCUUCCCGAGGCCAAACGGACGCUUCGUAAGCAGCCAGAAUAUUUUCAACAACUCCGAAAAAAUUGAUUUGUUCCAAGCCUGGAAAAUCAUUUUGAAAAUUACAAACAUAACUGAGAGGAAAACAGUAUGUUCAAGGCAUUUUCUAAAAAGUGAUUACUUUUUCCCAGAUGCUCACUCAUGCAGAAGACGCUUGAAAAAGGACGCAGUCCCUUCUUGUUAUUUACCUGGUGAUAACAGAAAGAAAGUGAAUGAAAUAAGAAAUAAAGCUAGAUGGCAAAGACGAAUGCAACGGAGCAAUAUGAAUAAAAAUGUAACUACUUCAAUCAAGAAAUCAGCAAAAGCAAGUGCCUCCAUAGCAGCAGUUUUGAAAUUCUUGGGUGCAAACGUACUCUGGAAUUUUUUCUUCCAUUCAACUUCACUUCUCCUUGACUUUGUAUAUGUAAACAAUAUUGUUUGCAGAUUGUGUGAAAGAUGAUCAAUGGUAUUCAGGCAACAGUCUUGUAGAACUGGCACUUCAAAUUUCUGUAUAUAUUUGCAUAGUGUCACUGUCUUGAGCUUCCAAAAUUAUCUUGAUGACUUCUUUUUCAGCUUGGCUGACUUUGCUUUUUUCUUUCAAAACAAUUGGAUCGUGUCUUACUAAUCUACAAUUUCAAAUAAUAUUAAAAUAUGUAUGCAUCAAUAAAGCAAUAUAAUAGAGAAAUUACAGUAA